UAACAUAUAUAAAUCGAUGCAGCAGGAACUUCUUUGGAACAGUUUCCUAGACAGUUUUCCAUACUGCACGUUAAAUAAAACUUGAGCUGAAAAAUUUAAAAUGAAGUUUUUUGUGUUACUUUUUGUCUUCACCUUAAGUACGGUUGCUGUUAAGGCCCAAUCUGAAACAAAUGCAGUCGCCGGUCCUGAUGAAGAUAUCACUAAAAUUCAAGAAAAGGGACUGGCAAUCCUUCAAAUUCGAAUUUUAGCUGCUAACUUGCCGGACGAUUUACAGGUAAAAGCACAGGCCGUCGUCCUCAAUGCACAAAUUCAGCUUGAUCUUUGCAAAUCGGCAUAUGAAAGUAACUUGAUUAUUUGGCAGUACAAAGUGUGCGUAAUAACUCAACUUAAACUUGCUAACAUCGAAGUAUCAAGAUUGGAAUCUGAGGCUGCGGCCAGACAGAAGACAGAUGCUUUGUAGAUAAUUUUUUUUUAUUGUAUGUGUACAAAUAAGUCGCAAACCAUGCUAGCACUUGCGUUUGCUGAAAUUCUUUUCAUAUUAUAAUUAAAUUUGCAGCAUAAAUAA